UUUCUUCAACGAUACAUUUCCCCUGGCAAGGACAACGCGAACGUUUUUUAAGCAAGGAAAGUGCCUUCAAAUGGCAGGUUUGUUUAUCCUGGUUGCACUCGGGGGCGUCCUAUACUGCGCGUGCCAGGUUUUCCCGCCUACUUACAACCACGGUCGCAUUUUGCCCGUGGUUUGCUACUACGAAAAGGGCCAGUCGUUGCGGCCGAACCCGGCAAACUACGACAUUGGUGACGUGCCCGGACAAUUGUGCAGUCACGUGAACCUAAUCUACAUCGAGUUGGACGAGCAAACAUGGAAAGUGAAAGAAGAUUCUACAGUGAACUUUACGUCGUUCAACCAAAUCAAAAGAAAGUUCCCAAGAGUGAAAACCUUUCUCUCCAUCGGCGGGUGGAGUAACCAGACGAAAGUGAUAUCAACGAUGGCCCUUGGGAACGAGAGUCGUCGUUUGUUCGUUGACGGAAUUGCGGAAACAUUGAGGCAGCUAAAUUUCGACGGGCUCGACAUCUUUUGGCUCUAUCCGGGUCAUGCUGAACGAGGUGGCAGGAGAAGCGACAAGGCUAAUUUAAUUCAACUGCUGAAGAAGUUAAGAAGAGUUUUCAGAAAACGAGGUCUCCUCCUCACAAUUGCAGUAUCCCUCAACAAAUACAUCUUAGACAGGGGAUACAACAUACCAGAGAUUGUCAGAUACGUGGAUUGGAUGAACGUAGUUGGCUACGACCUCCGAGGUAUUUGGAAUGAUCGUACCGACAUCCACAGCCCUUUGUACCCGCGAAACAUUGACAGCGAGGAAAUGGCGGGCCUUAACGUGCAAGAAGGUAUGCAGGAGAUUCUAGACAGAGGGGCCGUGAAGCGAAAGCUGGUCCUCGGAAUUGCAUUCUAUGGACGGGUGUAUCGCCUCGCCGACCCCAGAAUAGCGGGACUCCAUUCGCCGAUCGACAAACUUAACAGGCCUCGAGCUGGAGCAUUUCUGGGGAGCGAUAAUAUUCACGCUUAUUUGGAGAUCUGUCUCAACUUGAAGAGCGGGGCAUGGAGGAGAUACUUCGAUUCAGAAGGACAGUGCCCGUACGCCACAAACGGAGAGGAUUGGGUGGGCUACGAAGAUGAGGAGAGCAUUCGUCAAAAGGUGGACUUCGUCAGAAGAGAAGGCUACGCUGGGUUUGCAGUCGUCAGUGUUGGCAUGGACGAUUUCAGAGGAUGGUGCGGUGCACGAAACGGUCUUCUGGAAGUCAUCAACAACGGCAUUCCUUACGAGCGGCUUCCCAUUAUUGUACAAAAAUAGAUUUACGUCGCUGCAAUUCGUUAUACACGCGCGCGAAGUAAACUUACCGCCCAUCUC